AGCCUCGGGAGAGUCCGGGGGCGGAGCCUCAGCUCUAGUCAGGCUUGGAUCAGAACCGGUUCCGACUCCAUGCAGCAGCAGAGCAGAGUCUGGAUCAGAUUCAUAUGGAGGAAACUAGAAAGAACAAGAGACUCUGCAGCUGCAGCAGGAAUGAGAAGCAAAGAAUCUGGUUCAGCCUGUCAGUGGCGACGGGAUUAAAACUUUCUGCAGUUUUUGCUGUCAGGAGUUUCCAGUUGGACAUGGAGGUGAGAACGAUUCAUCUCAGCCGCUUCACUGAAGCUCAAUGGGUUUUUCAGCUACAAUGCAGCUUGAUGCUGCUUUAGUUUUUCAUUCUGGUUUAAAGUUUUGAUUUUAAAACAUCUUCUGUUCUCUGAGGCCACCAGCUGGAAACAUGGAAGGAGAAAAAUCUGAACAUUGUGUGGAUUAAAUCCCUGGUUUUAUUCCAGAAUGUUACAUGGAAUAACAGGAACAGGAUUAAAUCAUGUUCUGGUGGAUGAAACUCAAAUGUGAAGGAAAUCAGAACAGGAGCAGCAGGAGUUCAUCCUGCAGUCGGUGGGUUGCUGGUUCGAUGCCCGCCCUCAUCGUUUGUGUCCCUCCACAGUCGCUCCGUUUCCAUCAACUAUAAAAACUGAGAAAUGUAACGGAAUAAACCCACUGAGGGGCUUGGAUGAAAAGUUUUAGCGGCAGGAUGAGGAGGUUUUUCAGCCAAUCGAAACACUUUUUCACACCACGAGUCACGUGAUCAACAGCCGGAUGUUACUGCUGGGCGGAAACCAGGAAGACGGCAGGAAGUGUUUGGAGGAUGAUGGUUUGUUUUAGUUUUUUCUGGCUCCUCCAGAGCUUCACAGCAUCAGGUGAGAAAAAGCUGAGAGUCGUUCCAACAUGUUGAAUCCACCGCUCUUCUGUCAAAAUACAAUUUCCCAAAACGCAGCACAGGUAGCCGCUCCACAGUAGGCGGGGCUUAUCGCUCCAAGGCCUGAACGAGACGCUGACGUCUCCUCUGAUUGGCUGAUAGAUGAUGAGCGCUAGCGCCACCAUGGCUGAGUUAUGAGUUUGAACUUUCCAUCCGUGUCUGCCAUGAAUAUUAAUGACUUUUCUCUGGAGAUAAAUUAUUCACAUGUGGUUUUAAUUUCAUUUCUUAUUUCAUGGAAACACUGCAACAGUGAAAUUGUGUUUUUUUGACAUUAGCAGAAAACAGACUGAGAUUUGCUGACAGUUGUCAUGGAAACCUCCCGGUGUGAUGAAGACUCCUCCAGGCCUUCAUCGCCGCAGCUCGUUCCGGCUGCUGCUGCAGCACCCAGACACCGGCGGCCCUCGGGGGCCCGGCGGUGGCAGCAUCAUGCCGCCGCCUCUCUGUGUUUCCUGCAGGAGAAGGAAGGCGGCGUCCUGCCGUCCUGGAGGAUCUGCUGUUCUCCACCAUGGCAGAGGGACAGGAGGACGUCCCAGCGUGAGUCUCCAGAGGACGGACACGGAGACGCCGUCCGCCUCGCCGUCUCUGCCUUCAGGCUCUGAAAUCCACGGGGCGUCGGACCGGAGACCCUCGGCUCAAAGAGGUCAAGGAGACGCUGAAGGUCGCCAUGGAGACGACCUCAGACGGAACGCUGGACCGACUCCUCCUCAAGAACUUUUUACUUUCACUAUGACCUUGAAAAGCAUCAAAAUGACUCACAUCAACUGGGACCAGCUUCCCCUCAGCAUGAUGCUGCCUCCUCCAUGUUUGGACCAGAGCUGUCCCCGUAGCGUUUCCAUGGCGACAGCGUUUCUGCUGGUUUCACGUGCAGGCGUAGCAACAGGCCGACGACGAGGCGGUCACCGACCUCAGAACAUUUUACGUUUCUAUUUCAAAUAGUUUCCAGACGUCGAUCAGGAUGUUGAAGAUUUUCAGUUUUAUUUUUCAUCUGAUCUGUUUGAUGAUCUGCAGGAACAGAAGAGAGAAAAAUACUCUGAGUUCAAGUUAGAAGAGUUGAAUUCAGCAGAAAUAUGAAGUACUAGUUUCAUUUAAAAAGCUUUAAAGAGCAUGUUAAUGGGGCAAAAUGUGAUUUUAUUCUGUUGUGGUGGAAAAACUUGAGCUAAAAUGAGACAUGAUAGCAGCUCUAUAGAUUCAGAGCCAAACACUAAAACUUCCUCCGGAUCUGUAGCAUUAAAUCCACUUCAGAACAGAUCCAGACGUCCUGAGCAGAUCCUCCAGAGAAAAGAAACACAAGAUUUGAACUUGGAUCAUUUGUGACUCAGCUGCUUGGAUGUGUGUUUGGCUUUGAAAGGUUUUGUUGUGAAGCAGAAAGUUGAUGAAGUGAAGACGACUUCAGUCCACCUGAAACCUGCUUUCACUCAAACCGUCUGAUUCACUUUAAGGACAGGAAGUUUCUGAUGCAACAGGAAGGAACAAAAGGUCAAAGUUGAAAUGAAACAGAGAUAAACUCCAUGUUGCUCACAGAUGUGAUGGAUCAGUUUGAACAGCUGUUGUUCCAGGAGAACAGUUUUGUUUUCCAGCUUUUGUUGACGGAUGAAAAUUUGCAUUAGAAGAUGAGAUAAUAACCGACUUUCUUUGGUUUAUUUGUGUGGAUUUAAAGUCGUACAACUUUAAAGAAAAGCAGGAAAACCUUGAGGAGGAACCUGAGCAGCGUUCUGACAGACCAAACACUGAGAGGAACCAGAGUUUGCAUCGUCAAAGUGACGACUGUGAAAUCAUCUGAAUCUUGUGACUCGUUUCCCAUCAAAUCCCAGACAGGAGAAGCAAAGCCUCACGUCUCCAACAUGAAGAUGGAACAGGAUGCAGGACUUCCACCGAGCGUCACGUCACUCACAGCAGAUCAGGAGUCUGGCUCUUCACCUCCACACUACCUAAAACCUGGGACGGCGAGGGGUUAAAGGUCAUCUCCAGCACCUAUAAUGUGCAACAUUUCACUUCAUAUGAGAGCGUCUCAGUUUAGAGGCCAAAACCAGCCAAGAAGCUUCAGAGUUUUCCUGCAACGUAGCGCUGGUCUAUUGGCCUCAGUGAGGCUGGUUUUACUGAAGAUGUGUUCAGGGCAGCAGGAAAAUUCAGCGCUAAUACGGACGGGACCAACGACUCCACCUAUGAUGAUGCUUGGAUAUAAGUUUAUAUGUUCAGAUCUACAUGAGAUGAAACAGUCGAUUUUCAUCACAUAUCAGGACUUUCUCCAUCGGUCACCCUGCCGUCUUUCUGGAUUUAUUCAUUAUUUACAGCAUCAAUGGAAAUUGUUCAACCGGAUCUUUAUCUUUGUUUUAAUUUAAAAUGUUAUAAAGUCAGAUCAAGUCAGCUUCCAUUACUGUCGUUAAAUAAGAGUCACUGCAGGAUUUUAUUCAGUCUGACCAGAAAAACGAUCUUUAAGAGUUUAACACAGCAGCUUUAUUUUAUGAUUUAAAACUGUUUUAAUUAUAUAUAUAACUCCAAACAGUGAAUUAAAAUAUGUCAGAAUAAUAUAUGAGUCAGUAAACUGUCAAUAUGACUCAGGAAGACUGUUAGUUUUUCUCUAAACUCCACAUUAAUUGGAUUUUAAAUGUAAAUAAUGCAGCAUUAUCAGGACUGUAGUUCCCACUAUGGCCACCAGAGGGCGGAAAUUCCCCGCUCUGAAUAUAGAGGUGAGUUUGUAGAGCUGCAGCUGGUUUCUGAUUUCUGUUAAGUUGAUCACGUUUAUAUCUUUCUUAUUAUAAAUAUUAAUGUUAUUAUGGUCUGUCUAAUGGACUGACAGAUGAUU